CCAAAAUUCAAAAUCACUCAUGGCUUCCUCCCUUCAUCUCAUUCCCCAAAACGUCGUCGUCGUUAGCAACCGUCGCUCCCUGCCUACCUCUGCAAGCUUCCGUCCACGUCCUGUCUCCGCGACUUCCGCAUCAACGGCCCAGCCAACAAGGCCACUCCUCGCAUCUUCACCACCAUCAUCUCUUUAUGAAGUUUUGGGGAUCCAGAUGGGAGCCACGUGUAAGGAGAUCAAGAUCGCUUACAGGAAAUUGGCGAGAACUCUGCAUCCUGAUGUAGCGGGCGCCGCAAGCGAGUUCAUCAGAGUCCAUGAAGCGUACGCCACUCUAUCUAAUCCUGAUAAACGUGCGGACUACGACCGCGCGCUUUUCAGGCGAAGGCGGCCGAUGGUUUGGUCGCAUGCAAAUGCGGCGACGAGGUCGUCCGGUCGGGGACGAAAAUGGGAAACCGAUCAGUGCUGGUAGCCGGAAGAAGUGGCGGUGUGUGUUGGACUGUGCGGACUCGGACGUCGGGCAGCAUUUUUAACAGCCUGGACUUUCUGUAAAGUUUCUUUCUGCAACGUCAACCAUGAUGAUUGGCAGCCACGUCUUAUUUCUUCUUUUUUAUUUUUGUUUAAAAUUAAUUAACGAGUUAU